GAGAGAGAGGGCUUGGCUGGGAGGCUGAGGAGGACCGUGGACUUGAGCGCAGAAGAAGAAGAAGCAGAAGCAUCAGAAGAAGAAGAAGAAGAGGAAGGUCUCCAUCAUCCGACACUUGCUCAUCACUGACCACCGCUCAGGAUUUCAAGCAUUCUUCCCCCUCUCCUCCUGUGGCCUGACGGACCCACCAGCCCAUCACCAUGAACUACCUCCGCCGGCGCCUGUCAGACAGCAGCUUUGUGGCCAACCUCCCCAACGGCUACAUGAUGGAUCUGCAGAGGCCGACCCCUCCAGGCUCAUCCACUUCGUCCACUUCUUCCCCCGCCUCCCCGGCCACAGAGAGGCGGCAGCCCCCGAGCAUCCCCACUCCGGCCUCCAACCCGGCCUCAGGCUCGGGGCCAGGCUCAGGCACGGGCACGGGCUCAGCUUUGGGCACAGGGAGCUUCCUCAGCUCCUUCUCCAGCGUGGUGAAGAGUGCUCAGAUGGCCCAGAACGUCGCCGCCGCUGCACACGCCAAAUCUGCAGCAACCGCAGCUGAUGGAGCCUCAACAGGAAGCAGUCAGCCCCCUAAACCUGUCAUACGCAAGCCCAAGAUCCUGCUGGUCAUCGAUGAUCAGCACACCGACUGGGCAAAGUAUUUUCGAGGGAAGAAGCUGAACGGAGAGUAUGAGAUCCGGGUGGAGCAGGCGGAGUUCUCCGAGAUCAACUUGGCCUCCUACGUCAACUCGGGAUGUAUGGUGGACAUGCAGGUCAACAAAGGUGGCACCAGAGUGGUCAGGUCCUUCAAGCCAGACUUCGUCCUGAUUCGCCAGCACGCCUACAGCAUGAUCCCCGGUGACGAUUUCAGGAACCUUGUGAUCGGCUUGCAUUUCGGCGGCGUCCCGAGCAGCAACUCUCUCUUCUCCAUCUACAACUUCUGCAGCAAACCUUGGGUGUUUUCUCAGAUGAUUAAGCUCUACCAUUCCCUCGGCCCUGAGAAAUUCCCCCUGAAUGAACAAACCUUCUAUCCCAACCACAUGCAGAUGGUAACAACCCCUUCCUACCCUGUGGUGGUCAAGAUGGGUCAUGCCUACGCUGGCAUGGGAAAGAUCAAAGUGGAAAACCAACAGGACUUCCAGGACAUCACCAGCGUGGUGGCUCUGGCCCGGACCUACGCCACCACCGAGCCCUACGUCCAGUCCAAGUAUGAUAUCCGCAUCCAGAAGAUCGGCAACAACUACAAGGCUUACAUGAGAACGUCCAUCUCUGGAAACUGGAAGGCUAACACGGGCUCUGCUAUGUUGGAACAGAUCGCAAUGACUGACAGAUAUCGGCUGUGGGUGGACUCCUGCGCUGAGAUGUUUGGUGGCCUAGACAUCUGUGCAGUGAAGGCCGUCCAUGGAAAAGACGGCAACGACUAUAUCAUCGAGGUGAUGGACAGCUCCAUGCCUCUGAUUGGUGAGCACGUGGAGGAAGAUAGACAGCUGAUCACAGAGCUGGUUAUCAACAAGAUGGCCCAGGUGCUGCUCGGAGUUUCCACACCUCAGACUUCCUCUGUCAAGACCACACAGCCCAGACGAGGGGGACACCGCUCUGCUUCCGCCUCUCCAUCUCAGUCGGCCCAGGGUUCACCUCAGCGAGCCCGAUCAGCCAGCACCUCACCCAGCCAGGCCUUCCAGCCCGGGCCCAUCCCUGCCACCUCCGGGCCCGGAGCUCCGAAACAGUCCCCACAGCUGAACAAAUCCCAGUCUCUGACCAACACCUUCACGGAGACGUUACGAGGAAGCCUGACCGACGAUGAGGCCAAAGCUGAGACCAUCCGCAGCCUCCGACAGUCCUUCGCCAGCCUCUUCUCCGACUAAAAGCCUCUCCAGAAGCUUCCUUGUUCUGUUAGUUGUCAGGUUUGAAAACAAAACAAAAAAAAAACAACCCUGACUGGUUCAUCUGUUGUGGGAGUGUCCCUCCACCUCAGAGCCUCAGCUUCCUGUUCCUUCUCUUUCCUUCUCACUGUUUGUGAAGUUUAACACACGGUGCAACCCGCUGUCCUCAGAUCAAUGAUACAUCUAUCACUAGAAAGGCCAAUAGAUAUUGGGGUUCUAACAUAAAGGCCAGUGUGUUGACUGAAGAUGUCAAACUUUAAAAGCUGACACAUUUGCAUUGGUCUUCCUUACAGGAGAUGUUAAAGAGAUGUAGGAUGUCAGUUCAGUGCAGUCAGCUGAUGGCCUUUCUAGUGGUAAGUAAUAACAGUAAAUAACUCGUAGCUCAUAAUGCUUGGUAUAUAGUCGUAAUUCUGCAUUCUGUUUGUCCAACCAGUGAAACUGUUCAUUAUUGGGUCGUGUCUUAUACAUAUAUACACGUAUACAUUUAAUUAUAACAUUGAUCGCAGCUUCCAAACCGUUUGCAGAUGUCUGCCGCAAUAUUCUUAUCUGAAACUGUUCCGGUUAACUCAUGAGAAAUGUACUGAAUCCUCACGGUUCACCAGCGAUUUUAAGCAUCUUGCCAGCAGCCACAUUUCUCGUACAUCCAUGUGCUGUAGACACAUAUUGGCUUACGUAGUGACUCCUCUACUUAACAUUACCAAAGUGCUUUUUAAUAAUAUCAUAAAAC